GAGAAUGGAUUUAAAGGAAAUUCUAUGUGAAGAAUUCCUCCACCUACUUUAAUUGAAUUCGAAAGAAGGAGGCUUGCUAAAUUGCCACCACAAGAGUUAAUUUCACCUCAGUCUCAAAACGGAAAUUUCAAAUAAGAAUCACCGAAGACUAAAUGACAAGAAACCAAAAAUAAAUAAAAUGUUUGAAGGUUCUGAACAGUUACAUACACAGAGCAAGUACAUGGCUCAGAACUAUACUAACCUGAGUUCCAGUCAUCAAUUGUUUGAAAACAAGGUUACAAGUCAUCCCAAAAUUAACUCGCAGAAAGAAGUUAUUGGGAAAUUUUGCAUGCAAACUCCAAUUGGCAUGACCACCCAGAAUUGGGCUGGGCAAGGACCUCUUAGUAUUAACCAAAGGACUAAUCUCGAUUCAAUGAAGAAGCUGCACUCAAGUCGUAAGAAGAUACGGAAUAUUUUGAAAAAUUCAUCUUGUAUAAGGGACCAGAAAAUUUUUGAACCAGAAUAUUUCACUAAGAGAUUCUCAAGUCCUGUCAAUAAUGAGGCAAACAAAAAUUUAGAAAUUCCUUUUAUCAAGAAGGACUCAAGGAUGAUCAGCAGAAACGGCUCUGUGAUUGUCAAGAACAGUGACCGCUGUGGUCAUAAGCAACAGUAUAGCAUUUUUGAUGAAAUUAAAAAGCCCAAGAAGGUCGUCUCGAGGGAAAUUUAUAUCCGCAAACAAAAGCACUUAUUUAGGAAAAAGUCUCGGUCUAAAACAGUCAGAGGUUCGCAAGGAGCCAAAUCGAUGAAGUACAAACCCGUCCUGAAGACUAUCAAUAAGUGUGUAGUCAAGGAUACAGCCGUUGAAUCUUGGACAGGCUACUCUAUGAGAAACCCCCUUAAGGUUAAUCAAGAUUCAUACGUUAUUUCAAAGGAUUUAUUAGAGGAUCCAGAAUCGAUAGAUGUCACUAGCGUAAUCUAUGAAAAUGAGCAGACACAUCUCUUUUGUGUCUGUGAUGGGCAUGGAGAUGAUGGUAAAUCAGUCUCUGAGUACAUCAAAUCUCGUUUUCCUAACAAUAUCAAAAGGUUUUUCAACAAAGGAAUUCUCAGUAUUCCUGAAAUUAUUGAGAAGGCAGUAAACAGAACCGAUAAAUUGAUCGAGAAAUCAAAAGUUGAAGACUACCACAGUGGGUCUACUCUUACUGGGAUCCUUGUCAAAGGUAGAUCUUUCUUCCCUUUCAAUGUCGGUGACUCCAGAUGUGCUCUCAUCAAAUUCAAAACCCUUAACGACAAGGUUCUCUACGAUAAGGAGAAAGAGAAGAAGAUCAUCAACUCUGGUGGCAAUGUUGAAGAAAAUAAACUCCUGAGAGAUGAAUCAUCUGGUAUUUUCCAGGAUGUGAACUCCUCAAAAAUUACAGAUGAAGCUGGUGCCUUUGGUCAGAGCAAUCUUCAGUGCAGAUUUGAGGUCCAGGCCCUCACAAAAGAUCACAACUGCGAAGUUGACAGGGAAGUCAGGAGGAUCUACCAAAAUGGAGGCCGAAUUGAGAAGAAUAAAGCCACCUCUGGCAUUGGAGGUGUUGGACCUUUGAGAGUCUGGUUUAGACACGAGCAAAAGCCAGGUCUAGCAAUGACAAGAUCUAUUGGCGAUCACCAGGCUAGAGAGAUCGGAGUAAUAGCUACUCCUGAGAUAGGCGAAAAGCAAGAGAUCACCGAACUUGACUACGGAGUUCUCGUAGCGAGUGAUGGUAUCUUCGAAGUCCUAAAUCAUUCUACCAUUGCUCAGCUCUUAUGGGAAGAAAGAGGGUGUAUCCAGACAGCCUGAAAGUCUAUAUGAGAGCUUGCUAGACAGAAAUGGAAUUCUAAAAUGGGCUCUAUUGACGAUAUCACCUGUCUCAUUAUAGAAUUUGCUCAUUAAAUGCAGCAAUUUUAUAUUAUAAGUGAGUAUUCAAAUAAUAA